AUGUCCAGCACCAACACCAAUCGCCUGUGUCCGACCUGCAAGACCAGCUAUUUGCUGAGCUUCGACCAACACGACACCUGCGAAGGAUGCCGGGGUCCCCGCCACGCCGCCUGCGCCUCCUCCUGCCAUCUCUGUGACCUCCUCUCCCCGGAAGAAAGGUGCUAUUGGCACGUGCUGUUCGGGACCAAUUUCAAGGCCAUGCUGGAAAAAUCGAAAAAGUCGGAGGAGGUGUCAGAGACUGUGUGCCAUCUGAUCAAGCUGCAUGCCUCAUCCCACCCCCCGGCCCGCUGGAAGGAUUGUUGUGGCCAAAGGCAGCAACAGAGACGUUCCACAGCUGCAGCAGCAUCCUCCCGCUCCGCCGACAGCCCCGCCCAUGACUCCAGUUCAAGAAAUGGAGCAGGAACAUCAACUGCUGGUGACUCUGAACAUGUCCCAGAACUGGCCGGGAGACUGGAACGCACAAACUCCAAGCCCAUCCUAACAGGCACUCACCCCGUCAACACUACGGUGGACUACGGAGGAACCACGUCCUUCCAGUGUAAGGUCCGCAGUGACGUCAAGCCUGUUAUCCAGUGGCUGAAAAGAGUUGAACCUGGGGAUGAGAACAAGUUCAACUCCACCAUCGAGGUCGGAGACCAUCGCUUCAUAGUGCUGCCCACAGGAGAGGUUUGGUCACGACCUGAUGGGUCCUACCUGAACAAGUUGCUCAUCACCAGAGCCAAGGAGGAGGAUGCUGGCUUGUACAUCUGCCUGGGAGCCAACACCAUGGGCUACAGCUUCAGGAGUGCCUACCUCACUGUGCUGCCAGACAAGAAGUCUCAGCCCAGUACUGUUCCCGCUCCAACAUCCCCGAGCCUCCCCUGGCCCGUGAUUAUUGGAAUACCUGCAGGCGUCGCCUUCAUCCUGGGCACCACCCUGCUCUGGUUCUACCAGUCAAAACACACCUCCUCCUCCGCUCUCCCUGCCACUCAGCGUCUCCCUGUGGCUGGUCGUGACCGCCCAACGCUCCCCUCUCAGACGGCCGCCGGAGAUAAAGACUGUCUCUCAUAUGAGGAAUACGUUGCUCAUCAGCAGCUGCUCCCGGCUCAGGGAGGAGCUGGCUUGGCUCCCAAGGUCUACCCAAAGAUCUACACGGACAUUCACACGCACACACAUUCGCACUUGGACGGGAAAGUGCACCAGCACCAGCACAUUCACUACCAGUGUUAG